GGAGUAUCUACAGUGGUUCAGUACACAACUGUGAGCGUCCCCCCUGAGCCCCCCAAGGACCACAUCAUCUGGUCCCUCUGCUGCUUUCUCUACUCGAACCCCUUCUGCCUCGGACUGGCGGCCCUCAUCUACUCCAUCAAGGCCAGAGACCGGAAGGUGGUUGGAGACAUGGAAGGAGCCCGACACUACGGCUCCACCGCUCAGUGGCUCAACAUCUCAGCCACUGUCCUGGGUUCCAUCAUGAUCGUUAUUUCCAUUAUUACCAUCUGUACCCUCUCUGUACAGGCAAGCUAUGCAUACCACCACUACUACUCAUACGAUAAUAGCUAUAGAGGUUGAAUUUGAAAGGGCAGAGUGUUUUCUGCAGCAGUGGCUUGGUGAUACUUCUCUUUAUCUGCUUUGCGGUUAUGGCUUCUGUUUUAAACGUUUUACUUAUGUAUUCAAGCAAAAUGUUUUUGUUUUUUUUACAAAAUGUAACUUAAACUUAAAUGGAACUCAUGUAUGUUUCCAUAAUGACAAUUUGUAGUAAUUCUUGCAAGACUUACCUAAUAAAUUCUAAUUCACUGUC